GGGAGUGGUUGGAGUGAAGUGGGAGUUGACCGCCAGCGCAUCGUGUUUGACUAGGCUCAUCGGAUAGAGGUCGUCUCUGUCUGGCAUGAGCUUGACUGGCGCAAGGGAAGGGCGGAGGACGUAACGUAAUCUCUGUUUUAGGAGAUCUGUUGCUGUGACGAAGAUUGGAUAUUCCUCGCGGUGGACGUAAGUUGCUGUACAGCGCAGACAGAGUGUGUUUCUCAUUGCGCCAGGUUGGCGAUAAUUAUGGCUCUUCUACGGAAUUGGAAGAUGACAAGGGCUUAACGAGAACUUUCGAGGAGGAUUCAAGGGGGUUCGUUGGGGUUCGGUUGGGUCUUACGGCGCAGUGCCAGCGUUGAUCGGGGCUGAGGGAAAGUGGCGGAAGGGGGAGCCAAGUGAGUGUCGGUUGCAAACACACACACACACACACACACACACACAAAGAGAGAGAGAGAGAGAGAGAGAGAGAGAGAGAGAGAGAGAGAGAGAGAGAGAGAGAUAUGGCGUCGGAGAAGGCACGUGCUGGAGCAGAACAGAUGAAGGAGGCCGGGCGGGAAGGAUAUGACGAAGGAAAGGGGUCUGCACAGGAGAAGUACGAGCACGCGAAGGGGACAGUCGGCGCCAAGACGGAGGAAGCCAAACAGGCUAUGGAGGAACAGAAGCAGCGAGCAGCGGAAUCGAUGCAGGAGCAGCAGGAGAAAGCCGCGGGCACCAUGCAAAGCCUGAAGGAGAAGGCAGGCGCAGCUAUGGAGGGUCUGAAGGAGAAGGUCGGGAUGGGAGGCGGAGGGGCAGGGGGGCAGUGAGGUAGGAAGUAGAAGCGUUGACUUCGGCUAGGCACGGGUCAACGAGAUGGUGAACGACAUCGUCGUAUUCGCGGCUACUUUUCGACGUUAAUGAACCUGGGACGUUUUGGAGAUCACAUGCAGAUCGGUGUGGGGUAGAGGGCGGAGUCAUCGUGACUGCAUCUGACUUGGAAACAGACGCUAUACAGAGAUUAUAUUCGUGAUCUAUUGGAGCGUCUUCAUCUUCGUUGCGUGCAAUGAGUCUUCCGUGUUAAUGAACUUGGUCGUAUUGGAGUCCAGAAGCAGAUAAGCAUGGGGUGAAGGGGGAUGAAUCCGGCCUGGAAAGGGGGAUGCUAUACAGAUAUCAUCAUAUCUGUGACGUAUUGAAGCGUUCCGAACUGCGUUGUCUUCCAUGUUAAUGAACUCGGUCGGACUGAAGGUGAGAUGCAGGUAAGCAUGGGAUAGAGGGGUAAGUCAUCGUGUCUGAAUCCGGCCUGGAAAGGGGACGCUAUACAGAUAUUAUGUACGUGAUUUACUCAAGCGUCCUGAGCAUAAGAGUGGCUGUUUUGGCGCUUUGAGUUAGUGCCGCCAUUCUUCUCCGCUCCCGCUGACGCAGCGCAGCACGCAGUGUUCUACCGGCCUCGCUCCCCUGCGCACGACGUACACAGACCGAAAAUUAGGGCGUUGUAUCUGUCCAUGUUCCAACGGAAGAUCCAUUCUGGUUUUGCAGUUGGCGAGUGGUGGAGCGAUGCCCUGUAUAUUAGCCAUUUAAAUACUUCCAAGUGAAUCUCUAUCUUUUGUCGUGAUCUGACUCGUUGACAGUUGACGACUUACAGUCACUAGUAAGAAAGCGGUCUCGUGACGUCAACCGGCGUGUGUGGUUGUUAGAAAUCCGAUUUGCUAUAGAAGAAGAAGUUCUAGAGACUGUCGUAGUGAGAGAGAACAGAGCAAGAAAACAAAUAGACGCGCUUCCACCCUCUUAUAAAAAUAAAAAAAAACAACGGGUAACAGCAGUUGUUAUAGGGGGGGAGAACGUCUGGAGAGGGUAUCCUCGAGGAUAAGCGUGUCGCAGAUGUUGAGUGGUGGAGCGAGCGAGGCCCUUUGUAUUAUUAGCCUUAGGCCCUUAUAUAUGUCGAGGGAAUCUGUGUCAUUUGUCGUGAUCUGACGCGUGACGGUGGAUGAUUUACAGUCACUCAUUAUAAAGCCGUUAGGAAAUGUCGAUCCCCGUGCGCGUUGCCGCAGCGCUACAAGAGAGAAAUUUUUUAGGAGUUCUAGAAACUGCCGUGCCGAAAGAGGACACGGAUUUGGAGUCGUUGUCGAAUUCGGAGUCGUUAAAAGAAGGGUGUUCUUGUUGGUUUCUAGCGUGCAGACUAUGAGCAAAUGAUGUGUGUCUCUGGCUUUCUAGUGCAUCGAGGAGAAAACAAAGGAUGUAAAAAGAU